AUGGCCACUGUCAACCAGAAGAUCUUCCGUACGGCGAAGGCGCCCGCUGGUCCUCCAUCUGAGGUCGAGACCACGGUCUGCCAGGCCCUUAUUGAUCUCGAGUCGCACAUCCCUGAGCUCAAGAUGGAGCUGCGUCCUCUCCAGGUGAGCGCUGUCAAGGAGGUCGAGGUCAAGGGCGGCAAGAAGGCCUACGUGGUCUUUGUGCCCAUGCCCCAGCUCAAGGCCUUCCAGCGUAUCCAGCAGAGGCUCACGCGUGAGCUCGAGAAGAAGUUCUCGGACCACCACGUCGUAUUCAUUGGUCAGCGCCGCAUCAUGGGCAAGCCCACCAGCCACAGCCGUGCGACGCAGCCUCGGCCCCGCAGCCGUACGCUGACGGCUGUCCACAGUGCCAUCCUUGAAGACCUUGUCUUCCCUACGGAGAUUACAGCUAAGCGUGUGCGCGUGUCCACGGAUGGCAGCAAGCUUGUCCGCUGCGCCCUGGACUCGAAGGAUGCCACCAGCCUGGAGUACAAGCUCGAAACGUUCUCGAGCGUGUACCGCAAGCUCACGGGCAAGGAAGUGGCCUUCACCAUCUAA